GCCACGUCACGGCGCAUGCGCUCUCCGCGCGCCGGCGCACCGCCCAGGGGCGCGCCUCGCCGGAGCGCUCGUUUCCUGGGAGACCGAGCGGGCCCUGGCUGACGCGGCCGGGCGACCCGAACAGCCAAGAUGCCGCCGAAGGGAAAGGACAAAAGGAAAGGCAAAAGCAAAGGCAAGGACCCGAAGAAAUCAGGAAAAACAGAUGAGUCUGUCUCUGUGGUGGAGCAAGCCAAGGCCAAUGCCACCCUGUGGGAGAGCAGGCUGGAGGUCACGGAGCUCUCUAGGAUCGAAUACCGUGAUAUGUCUCGCAGACUGGCCAAGAGUAACGAAGACCUUAAGAAGCAGCAGUAUAAAAUGGAGAAAGACACAAUGUCUGUGUUAAGCUAUAUGAAGAGGCAGGAGCAAGACAAAGAUAAUGUGAUUGAAAAACUGAAACAGCAGCUGGUUGAAACAAAGGAAAAAGCCCAAGAGGAGAAGGAAAAACUGGGACAAAGGUAUGCUAUGCAAAUAGGUGAGCUGGAGGCACAGUUCCAUCAAAAAGCCAAAGAAAUUGGCAUGAUUCAGACAGAGCUGAAAACAAUAAAACAAUUCCAGAAGAAAAAAAUUCAAAUGGAGAAAGAAUUAGACGAUCUGAAAGAAAAUUUAAGGGUGACAGAGAAGAAACAUCAGGAGACUCUUAGAAGAAUGGAAGGCCGAUUUUUUGAAGAAAAGCACCGGCUGGAACAAGAGGCAGAGAAGAAGAUAAUAAUGCUGGCAGAGAAAGCGCACCAUGAAGCUGUGGUGCAAUUGAAUGCUGUUGGAAGAAAUGUUUUUAAAGAGAAUGUUUAUCUCCAGAAAGCUCUGGCAUACCACCUGAAGGAAGCUGAUGCUCUACAAAAAACCUCCCAGAAUUUGAAAGAUAGUCAUGCCAGUCUGUUACAUCAAAAGGAGACCAAUGAACUACUGAUUAAGGAGAAAAUUAUGCAACUUACCCAGCAAAGAACACAAAUCCACAUCCUUCGGAAGAAGGUGAUAGACUUGGAGAAUGCUCUGAGUUUUAUGGCCAGAGAGUUUGAGACUGAAGUUUUGAAAGUGAAGCAACAGGCAGUGAUAGAGAACCAGGCAGGUCAAGUAGAAAUUGACAAGCUGCAGCAGCUGCUUCAGAUGAAGGACAGGGAAAUGAACCGAGUGAAGAAGCUGGCCAAGAACAUACUGGACGAGAGAACUGAAGUGGAAAGUUUCUUUCUAGAUGCUCUGCAUGAAGUGAAGCAGCAGAUCCUGGUCAGCAGGAAGCAUUAUAAGCAGAUAGCACAAGCUGCUUUCAACUUAAAAAUGAGAACGGCGUGUGCGGGAAAAACACAGUAUCCGCAGAUCAGGACCUUUGAUGGCAGAGAACACAGCACCAACAGUGUGAAUCAGGAUCUUAUGGAGGCUGAAAAAUGGACAAGUACUCAAAAAAAUGUGGAUAUUGGAGAUUUGACUUGGGAGCAGAAGGAGAAAGUCUUGAGAUUGCUCUUUGCAAAAAUGAAUGGUUUUGUUCCUAGGAAUAAAAGUAAGCUUCAAGAUCAGACAGAUGAAGUUGUGCCUCAGGAUCAGACAGAUGAAAGUAAGCUUCAAGAUCAGACAGAUGAAAGUAAGCUUCGAGAUCAGACAGAUGAAGUUGAGCUUCAAGAUCAGACAGAUGAAAGCAAGCUUCAAGAUCAGACAUUCAUCACUCAGCAAGUUCCAAUCUCAGACUCUGAAAAGUCACUACCCAGCAUUCUGACGGGAUCACAGGAGUCCAACAUGGUGCAGGCAGAACCGCUGUGCUGCUCAUGAGGCCCUCUGUCUGCACCAGUCAAUGUCAAACCCUAGUUGCCAUUUCACUCUGAAAUGAAAACUCAGCCAGGAGCAUCAGGGUGCGAGCACUGGACAGUGUAGCCUGUGAAACCUGCGGAGCGCUGCAUCCCAGUGUCACGCACGUGUCACGAGCCGACGUCCGCAGACCUUCUCAACGCUGCCUCCCGCUUCCUGUCUGAAGUUUACACCCCGGCCUCAGCUGAGUGGCACAACGCUCACCUCACAGCAAUGCUGGGAGAGAGUCGUACACCACGUGAAAUUACCCUACUGAGUAGCUCCGAUCCAACCAUGGUUGUCUUUUACCUCCUUCCCAUGAGGAGAGAGGAAUAAAGGCGUGAUACGUGUA